AUUGCAACUGCCACUUCCAUAUGUACAACUGUUACCAGUUAUUAUCGGCCUGUCAGUUUGCUACGUAUUUUCGUCACAAUGGACACAGCAAAUAUUACAUAGGCACUUGUCAACACCAAAAUACACAUCCCGAUUCCCACGGUGCACAUUAUAAGAUACCUCAUCUAAAGCCGGAUCGGUGAUGCCUUCUUAUCACGGCCAGUAUCCAAAGGAUUACAUUAACGAGGCGAUAUAUCGAUGCUGGAGGGGCCAUGGUCCCGCCUCCUGGGGUCAUUUCAUCAUUCCAGAAACGCUUCUCGGACCAUCGCCCACAUCUCAGUCAUCAAUGCUUGUGAGACUCCCUCCUGAGCUCCUCCAUUCAAUAUUUGAGUAUCUCGAUCCUUUCGGGAAGGUCUGCCUAUCCCUCGCCUGUAAACAUCUCUUGCGCGUCUCAUGCUUGGCCAACGUGAAAUUACCUUCAGCCAUCAAACAUCGACAACUUUGUCCGCCCAGCUGCAUAGCGAUGCGCACGCUUCUGCACCUCGUACUCCCAGUCAAGCCCGGCGGUAAACCCAACAGAGCGGUAGCUGUCUGCUCCUAUUGUUAAUUUGUUAUCGGCAUCGAUCGACGAAGAAGAGCCGCUGGAAGCACGUACGGGGAAAGUUCCCUAGUGGGCAUCGGGGCUUGAGUUCGGUCGACUCGGGUAUCGAAUCUCGGAGACGCCAUUCAUCCAUUCAAUUCGCCCCGAAUGUUUAUUGGAAGAAGAAUUACGCCAAGAUGAGAAGUAUACUAAGGCAUCGAACGGAAACGUAAAAGUCGGAAAAUAAGUACAUAGUAAGGUCUGCCUCGCUUCCGAGUUCAGGACGGCUAUGCUAGUGGCGAGUGAGCUCGUGAUGACCAUAUGUAUGUUAUAGCUG